AUGUCUUACUCAUCUCAUCAAAAUUUUGAAAAUAUUAUAAAAUCAUUUAAAGAUAUAACUGACUUGUCUGAAAGUUUAAUUCAACAAGUUGGAUCAAGUCAAACCCCAAUAUAUGUUUCCUCGAGCAACUUUGAGGACUUACCAAAUGUAUUUAUCUGUUUAAGCUUAGCCGAAUUCCAGAAUAAAGUACAUAGAAAUGAUAGAACAGAGAUUUCUCCUAUUACAACGUUAGCAACCGCCACAUUAACAUCAAAUUUGCAAUCAUUUAAAGUUGGACCUACUACUAAUGUUCCCCCCAGUUUAAUAAGACCGAGAAGUGAAGUAUCGAAUGCAAUGGUAAUGCCAUCGGACUCAAGGUUCGCAUCACUGUUAACGAUGGACUGUUCAACAUUGAAGUGGUUGUCAGCAAUUUUUGAUAUGCGAACAUCUGGUAGCGGUUUUGAUAUGGUUGAAGUUCCAAAUAACAGUAAGAAUACUG